GUUGCCAACUUAAUGUCAGUCUUUACGCCAUUCACACUGGCAUCGUACAUAGUGCGGCGAUUGCAGCAGCAAUAUCAAUCGCAUUUUUUCAUUGUAAAAUUACACCACGUGAAAAGGAAAACUUAAUAAAACAACAAUGUCGCGUUUCUUUGCAACCGGUGGAUCCGAUAGUGAAUCGGAUACUGAUUCAGAAAAGGAACAGAUUGUGUCACGUCCAGCACCAGCUGCAUUUACGUUCAGCGAUGAAGAAGAAGAGGUGAAGCGUGUGGUUCGUUCAAUGAAAGAGAAGCGUUAUGAAGAUUUGACGAACAUAAUCAAAAACAUUCGAAACUAUCGGAAAAUCAAGGAUAUGUCAAAUAUACUGCAAAAUUUCGAAGAUUUAACGCGUGCCCAUCAGAAAGCAUUGCCGGUCAUUUCGAAGGAAGAGAAUGGAGUCACUCCACGUUUCUAUGUACGUGCAUUGGCCGAAUUGGAAGACUUUAUCAAUGAAGUGUGGGAAGAUCGUGAAGGGCGUAGAAAUUUGUCGAAAAACAAUUCUAAAGCGUUUGGUCCGUUGCGUCAAAAGUUCCGUAAGUACGUAAAAGAUUUUGAAGCCGAUUUGGCCAAAUUCCGUGAAUCACCGGACGAUGAAGACGAACCAGAGGAGGAGAAGGUUGAAGAGGAAAGCGAAAGUUCGGAAGAUGAACGAAAAGCACCAAAAGCCGUCUCUUUCAAGAAGGAAGAGAAAAAGGCACCGAAAGAAGCUGAUGACUCAGACGAUUCAAGCUUCUGGGGAUCGGACAGCGAAUCCGAUUCGGAUUCAUCCGAAGAAGAAACGCAAUACGUUAACAUUCGCGAACGUUUCUUGAAGAAAACAACCGAAAAGGAAGACAAAGAUGAUGAGGAGAAAAAGAAGAAGAGGAAGGAAAAGGAAGUCAAACCACGCAAACAACACGAGGGCAGUGAUGAUGAAGGCGGUUGGGAAACAGUCACAAAAGGCUCUUCGACUACCGCCGAAAAGCCGAAAAUGUUCGCCAAGGAUGCCGAAAUUGAUGUACCAUUGGUGCUCAACAAGCUCAAUGAGAUCAUGGCAUCACGAGGCAAGAAACGUACCGAUCGUCGUCAGCAAAUCGAUCUAUUGUUCGAAUUGAAACAAAUUGCUCAGCUACACAAUUUGGGCGAUGCCAUUGCAUGUAAAAUUCGUUUCAAUAUUGUGUCGGCCGUUUUCGAUUACAAUCCAAAAGUGAAUGAACCGAUGAAGUUGGAAUACUGGAGCAAGUUGUUGGACGUUAUGAACGACUUGGUGACACUUCUCCUGAGCUCGGAAGACAUCACUUUAUCGGAAUCAAUUAACGAAGAACAAGAAGAAUACGAGAAGGCACCGUUCAAAUUGCGUGGAUGUGUUUUGACAGCUGUUGAGCGGCUUGAUGAUGAAUUCACGAAGUUGCUGAAGGAAUGUGACCCACAUUCAAAUGAAUAUGUCGAUCGUUUAAAGGAUGAAAUACGUGUCACAACCGUUAUUGAGCAGGUGUUGCAGUACAUCGAGCGUGUUGGCGGUGAAACGGAGAUUUGCCGUGUUUACUUGCGUAAAAUCGAUCAUUUGUACUACAAAUUCGAUCCAAAUGUAUUGAAAAAGAAGAACAAGGAAAUCGACGAAAACACCGUCACCAGUGUGAAUGUCAUGGAGAAAUUGUGCCGUUACAUCUAUGCUAAAGAUCAAACAGAUCGUUUGCGUACAAGAGCCAUCCUAUCGCACAUCUACCAUCAUGCAUUGCACGAUAACUGGUUCCAAGCGCGUGAUUUACUUUUAAUGAGUCACUUGCAAGAGAACAUCCAACAUUCGGAUCCACCAACUCAGAUUCUCUACAAUCGUAUGAUGGCCAAUUUGGGUUUGUGCGCUUUCCGUCAAGGUUCUGUCAAGGAUGCCCAUCAGUGUCUGGUCGAUUUGAUGAUGACCGGAAAACCGAAGGAACUUUUGGCACAAGGUCUAUUGCCACAACGUCAACAUGAGCGUAGCCCCGAACAGGAGAAAGUCGAAAAACAACGUCAAAUGCCCUUCCACAUGCACAUCAAUUUGGAAUUGUUGGAAUGUGUCUACUUGGUAUCGGCUAUGCUUCUCGAAAUUCCAUACAUGGCCGCUCAUGAAUUCGAUGCCAGACGCCGUAUGAUCAGUAAAACAUUCUAUCAACAAUUGCGAUCAUCGGAGCGUCAAUCGUUGGUCGGACCACCCGAAUCGAUGCGAGAGCACGUUGUCGCUGCAGCAAAGGCAAUGCGUUGCGGUAACUGGUCAGCCUGUGCUACAUUUAUCGUCAACAAAAAGAUGAACACAAAAGUAUGGGAUCUGUUCUAUGAAGCCGAUCGUGUUCGUGACAUGUUGACGAAAUUUAUCAAGGAAGAGUCAUUGCGCACGUAUUUGUUCACCUAUUCGAAUGUGUACUCAUCGAUUAGUAUGCCAAGUUUGGCCGAUAUGUUUGAUUUGGCCUUGCCGAAAGUGCAUUCCGUCAUUAGUAAGAUGAUCAUUAACGAAGAAUUGAUGGCAUCAUUGGACGAUCCAACCGAUACGGUUGUCAUGCACCGUUCGGAACCAUCACGUCUGCAAGCACUCUCAAUGCAACUGGUCGACAAAGUCACCAAUCUGGUUGAUGCCAACGAACGCAUCUUCGAAGUUAAACAGGGCACAAACUUCUAUCAACGUGGCAACCAAAAUAAGAACUUCAAUUUCAACAAGCAACAACAGCGCGGAAAUUAUCGUAACCAGAACCAGGGUGGCUACAAUCGUCGUAACCAAAACAAUCAUCAACAAGACAGAGGAGACUGGAAUAAUGCCGGCGGACAUCGUAACCGCAACAAUCGCAAUCGCAAUCAAAAUAAUCAAUACAACAACCACCAGGAGGAAGAGUAAAUCAUCAUCCAUUCGAAUUUCCAUUUGUGGAUUUGCGGCAAACAAAAGAACCCGGCGAACGAAAUAAGGAAUACCAAGCAACAAACAAACAACCAAUCGGAUAAAAUUGAUAAAAAAAAUUCGGCUUUUUUUCGCGAACAGAGAGAUCGUGUCAUUUGUGCAUUCGACUUCAUAUAAAAUCAUAUUUAAAAACAAA